AUGCAUUCCUCAAGUAGAGGGCGAGGUGGGGGCCGUGGAGCUUUUAGGAGAGGGGGUCGUGGAGGGCGAGGAGGGAGUAGCGGACGUGGUCGCCGAACUCCAGGACCUUUAGACGGGGUGUCUUGGAGUGAACUGCAAAAAAUGUAUACGCCAGAAGGGCCAAUAGAUGCUUUUCCUGAACGAGAACUUUCCUCCAUUAAGCGACCAAAUGAUGAUGAAGAAGAAAUGAUGAAAUUUUUAUUUGAUUUUAAGGCAGCAUUAAAAGAUACAGCAUAUUAUUGCUCGACCCAAAAAUCUAAACCUGUUCUUCAGCGAUAUCGUGAUGAAAUUCGGCCACAAAAACCAAGACCAUCUUUACGAGAUAUUACAACUGAAUUAGAAUUCUUUCCUGAAGAGCUUCAUGGCGUAAUCGAUCCAUCAAAGAUAUUCACAGCUGAAGCAAGAAGGAAAAAAGCCCGAGUUGAUAUUAACACAAAGCUUGAUGAACUGCUAGUUGCAGAGAGUAAAGAGAAGCCUCCGGAGGAAAGAGACGACGAAAAUUACUUUGAUAAUGGUGAAGUGGAUGAUACGCUGGGAGAUGAUGAAGGAAAUGGAGAAUCUUACUAUGAUGGCUAA